GUCACCUCAGCACUUAAAUAAGCCUUGUCGCGUAAUAAAGAAUUGGGAAGCUAAUUUCUUUUUAGUUAUUCCUCGCAGUCCAUGGGAACAAGUUGAUUUUUAGGAGUAUAACAAUGCAGCCUCAUUUGUUUCUAGUAUUUGUCAUCCCCGUAAUUAUGGUCGCUUUAAUUCAACCCGGGCUAUUCCACCGCGUUCAAUAUAUAGCAUUUUAUGGAGCAUCGGGGUGUUGUGAGGAACCCUUCGCGAAUAUAAGCUCGUCCGCAAAUAAUAUCCUUAUUCCUGCUGGACAAAACAUGAUUCACUUAGGAUUUAAUGGAUUAUGGAGAGCUGAGCAAUGCUACAAUGAGACCACCUGUGCUGGCCAAUCACUUAUUGCAAAUGGGUCAUAUAGCUACUGUCUAGCAUGGGAAACCUAUGACGAUAGCACCGAAAUACAUGUCACCCGCUACGGUGAUAUGUUCCAGCUUGAGGAAAGGAUCACGUUCUUCUCGGAGGCCAACUUAGAAGGGACAAGCUUCUCUGUUACUCCAGACACCCCUUUUAAUGAAGAAGCACGAAGAGUAGGAUCCUAUUUCUUUACGGGACCAACUUCCUGGCAAUACAAAAGUUCGGAAGCUGCGGAUGGAGGUACAUGUCUCAACGCAACAGACGAGGUAUAUUUCUACGGGUGGGGACACACUGUUCUAUUAAGGGCAGAUAUUCAGGUGGGUUGGGUUCGACACGAAUGUAAUGUGUCUGAGGACCUGACUACGACUACAACAAGAACUACCACAGUAUCAACAACUAUCGUACCAACUACGACUACAAAUUUGUGCACCACAACUACUACAGCUGCACCAACUACAACGAUGCUAACCACAAGUACACAAGCUACAACAGAAAUAAUAACAACUCCAGAAGUGGUAACCACACCGAUGAACUCCACCACAUCGUUAGCAACUACAUCAACUACGCCUAUGACCACCACUGCAGACCCAUGUCCAGAGGGACCCGGACUCGACGACUUUCUCCACUGGGCUUUCACCCAUUUUGACGAGUUCAUAAUUUUGAAUCACCUUAAUCCUUCUCCUCCCAUCGUCCCAUACAAUAUCGAUAUAAAUACGGAUUUGUUCCAACUUUCUGGAAAUAUAAGAAAUUCUUUUGUCACCGGAAUGUCAAAUGCGUUGCAAAUUUAUGAAAUAUCUUCCGACUUGAUGGUGCCACAGUUCCAAUUUUCCAUAUUAUUCAAACAUCUGGAAUUGCACGGAUUAUUCAACUUGUCCGGAAGUUUAAGUUCGCCUUUACCUAUGCCGGCAUCUGGGGCAUGGUCCAUCACCGAUUUUGACUUAAAAAUUGACUUCGCCCUGGUCGGAUUUGCCAUUGAAGAUGGCUACAUUAAUUUAGAGCGAUAUGAGUCAAGAAAAAUUGUGUUAACCCCAAACUAUUCAAAUUCCCAAUUUUCUAUGGAAAGUUUGAGUUUAAAGAAUAACGAUGGUGCCAGCAAAAAUCUGGACAACGAUCAUGCUUUGGAAGCUUUGAUGCAUCAGAUCUCAAAGUCCAUGGAACAAGCCGGUUCGAAUCCAGUGUUGAACUGGGUCAUGACAUAUCUGAAGUUGUUAUUUGAUGUUACUCCAUUGAGGUAGAUCGCCGGUUUCACAUACGUAAUUUAAAUCGCGGCCUAAUUAUGUAUGUCGAGCAUUUCAUCCGUGUGAUCAUUACGCAAGUUUUUUUUGAUUUAUCAUUGUAAGAAUUGAUUUUAAAUAUUUGGACUAAUAAAGGAUUUCAAUUCAUUAAAGUUUA